UCUAGACAUGGUGUGGGGCAGAGCUUGACGCGUUCUUGGGGUCCUUCCAGUGGACAGUGCGCUGUGCUGGCUGCUGCUUGGGUGGAGAGCGGGAAAAGGCUUGGUAUUUUUUAUUUACAAAGGACCCCCCAAUGGAAAGCAGAGAGUAGCAGAAUACAGAACAGACAGACAGACAGACAUUAAUACCCAACAGCGAUAAACGACGACACCGUUUUUGCACCACCACCGUCAAGCACACAAAUCUUGGAUCUGACUGCGAAUUUUCCAAGAUGGCGGGUGCCACGGCUGCGAAAGUGAGGGUGCUGCCGUACAAGGAUUUCCUCCAACCCGCGCUGCAGCGGAGGUUUGCGACGAGCGGGUUGGUGAUCUUGGUGGUUGCCUACUUGGAGGCCCUGCUUCUGGCCAGUUGGGAUUCAUUCCUCUGGGCGUGGUUCCCCCUUGGCCCAGCCGGCAUUCGAACAUUCUUCUUCUUCCUCUGUGGCGUUCUCAUCAUCACCCUUCGGAUCGCCCAACACCACCCCGGUGUCCGCACCACGAGCUCUCCCUUUGCCACCUUCCUCGACAGCCUCCGGUCCUUCAACACGCUCGAGACGAUUCUCACGUAUGCGUUUUCAGCGUGGGCCUUUAGUCAAGUCUACCUGUGGUGUCUGUCUGAGGACGCAGGGCUGGAGUACAUCUCUUACUACCACGCCGAUCGCGCGAGAUUGAACGAGAAGGCCGUUUUCUUGACCACACACUGCGUGUUGGUGGGAGUAUGGCACGGUCUCAGACACCUGUUUAGCGACGUCGACCGGUUGCACUACGGCAUCGCGAAGCCUCCACCCCAGGACGCGGACAAGAUGGCGGACAAGAAGGCCAAUGCCGAUGAUGGAGACUUUAACACGCAGCUCCAGAAGCUGGCGCAAAAGUUGCCCGAGAUUGUCGUCUUCACCUUGACGCAGGCCUUGACGUCCACCACGGCCACCAUGAUCACGUACUCGGUUUUCUUGCGGGGGUUUGUCUGGAGGUUUACCAUGUCGCUCUUUCGGCCCGUCUACAACCUCCCCAAGACCAACAUGACGCCCAUGACGCUUCCGUUUUCGUUGACCAUCAUCCUGCGGUGCUUGUGGACCAGCGUGCUGCUCACGUUUGUGUGGACGCUUGGCAAUGAAGCCUUUUCGCUGUUCAUGGUCAAGAACCCGCUUAAGAACAACAAGCCGCUCACCUCGGAGUCGAGGGACCCUAACGGCAGUCUUCUGAACGGGUUGAAGGCUAAGAAGCUGUCUAUUCAGUGCUUUGCCAUGUGGGAACUAGCCUACAUCGCCCGCGACUUCCCCGACCGCCGCAAGGCCAUCUACGAGGACAUUGACCGCAAGAACGGGCCCAUGUGGUCCCAGAUCUACAAGAUCUGCAUCGACGUCCUCAAGCAGAUUGAAACAAGAAUCGACAACUACGAAAAGUACGGCAAACCCACCGUCCCGGAUCCGACGUUGGAUCUCAACCGAAACAGGGCCCCUGAAAAGAAACGUCUCAGUGAAACGGUCCCCAGAGACGAGGAGGUCUUUCAGCCUUCUCCCCAGAGAAGGGGCUACCGGCAGGCGAUCGAGCGGACGGUGGGGAAAAUUGCUACCGAUCCGGGGCAGCCGUCGCAGCUUAGUCCGCGGGCGAGGAAAAUCGCCGAGUUUGCCAAGGAGGAGCUGAUCAAGGCCCAGAAGCAGGCCACGGGGACGGACGACACGGAGGGUUUGGCCAAGGACUUUGCGACCAAGUUUGUAGAGAGCCCGUUUGGUUGGCCGUUUAGACAGACGUACCGCAGAGGGGUGGCAAAGGUGCUGCUGGGGGAGCCGUUUGGGGAGGUGAGCCUGUAUGCGAACGCUGCUUUUGCGCUUAGUGGGCUGGCGGUGAGGAGUUUGCAGGAGGACAAGUAUGGGUAUGUGCAGAGGGAUGUGGCGGGGUUGGUGAGGACCUUGACAGGGUUGGUGAGGAAGGUGGAGGGUUUCAGGGAGGGGGUGGUGGUUAGCUGGACGGAUGUGGAGGGGCGGAGGGAGUCGAGGGAGGUGGAGGAGAUAUUGGAGGGGUUGAGGUGGAGUUUGAGGGGGGUGGUGGAUGGGUUUGGGGAUUAUGCUAGAGAUGUUGGGUUGAGUUUGGGGGAUUUGAGGUUGGCGAGGGAGGCGGCCGGGGUGAAGAAGGCUGUCAGGGAGGAGGAGGAGAAGGAGGUGAAGGGGAGGCGGUUGAGGUUGGCUGGGGGGGAGACGGCGGCGGCGGGGGUGAAGAUUACGGAGGAGGAGGUGAUGGGGAGGCGGUUGAGGUAGGAGGGGAUGAGGGGGUGUACAUAUGGUUUAGACUUGGGUGCGGGAUUAUGGUCGUAAGGCUGUGUAAAAUUAUGGGUUUUGAUAUUCGGUUUGGUGUUUUGGUGGGUUUGGUGACAGCGAUAAGAAUGAUAUCCAGCGUUGGACCACUUCUCAUGCUGAACCAAGUUAUCAUGGGCAAGAUAGAGUUGCAAACAUGAAAACCGCCUGAUACUUGUACGACAAAGAAGCAAGAGCACUGUAAGACUGAAUCUUGAUAACACUUACCGGCUGGAAACACCUCCACUUUUGCCUGCCAAGUCGGUUAGGGGCAACUGUUUUGGUUUCUUCUCGUGCUGAGCAACAAUCAACGCUGACAGUUUGGAGCUUUGGGCUUGUGAACCAACAGGGUGUGAUUUCCUUCGCCGCAGGUGUACACCUGAGUUCCACUUCAAUGACAAAGGAAAAGAUGGUUGGGUUUGUUUGGUUGUGUGUGUGUAGAAGAAAGAAGACGUGGCAUCACAUCUGAUUCUACAUCUUAUACAGUUCAAAGCCAACUUUAUACUCAGCAGCAACCUAUCCCUUUCCAGCCCCCAUUCCAUAACCAUCAUUCCCAAUUCCUCACAUCCCCGUGUCAUGAAGUGAGCAGAGAGCUACUCCUCGCACCAAUCCAACGUCUCGGUAACAGUCACAGUCCUCCUAGGCACAGUACUAACACCACCCGUAACCCCAAAGCACAAGCACCCCGUCCUGAACUCGUCGGGCCCGCUCCCGCAGUUCCCACCAACCCAGGAUGGAAUCCUGGUCGGUGUUAUCGUUGCCUGUCUCGCCAUCACCUCAUUCCUUUUUUCAAUUUCCUCCAGUUCAUCUCGUCUCAGGAGUCUAGCGCCGGGUGUUGGCUCGACUGUUUUUGUUAUUGUCCUAGGUUGGGAUUUGUAAUCAGUGGGAUGUGGAAUGGAAACG